CCAGGGUAACCUCCCCCAGCCAAUCAGCAGUCAUGGAUGAGAUGGAUCUGCCCCAGAUGAAGAAGGAAGUGGAGAGUCUGAAAUACCAACUGGCUUUCAAGAGAGAGAAGUCCUCCAAGACAGUCACUGACAUGGUGAAGUGGAUCGAGGACGGGGUACCUGAGGACCCCUUCCUGAACCCUGAGCUCAUGAAGAACAACCCCUGGGUGGAAAAGGGAAAGUGUGUCCUGUUGUAGACGAUUACCACCCCUGACCCUGCCGUGACCUCUGACCCCAGCCUGGUGGGGCAUGGCAGGACAGCACUCGCCCC